UUCAUCGACAAUGUGUUUUCUAGUUGCCAACUACCAGCCCCAGUAUGUUUGGUGACCUUAAUAUACCUACAACGACUUAAAACUCGAUUACCAAAAUGCGCCCGUGGCGAUUUCGAUACCCCCUACAGACUUUUCUUAGCCGCAGUGUUGGCCAGUUCCAAAUACAUGUGCGAAAGCGGAACCGAGUUGACCUCUCAUCAAAUCAGCGUCGCCACUGAAGGCAUUUACUGUGCCCGAGAUAUCAACAUUAUGGAACGAAGCUUUCUUGGACUGAUGUCUUAUGACUUAUGGGUUCAUCCUCAUGAGAUAACUGAAUUCAUUGCUCUUUAUGGCGACGUUUUGGAGAUGGAGAUGGUGAAAGAACUAGCAUUAGUCUAG